CAAAACUCUCAGGGACUUCCUUUCUUCUAAGUCCCAGGUGAGUAGACAUUUCGAUAUUGGAAGCACCAACUGCACUUGAACUGCAUGUAUAGCUAGAAACGAACGUCUGGUUCAUCGGGCUGAAUUCGGCUCUUUUCCCGCAAACGAGUAGGUUUUUGGAAGCCGAUUUUUUCUGGGGUAAUCUGGAAUUCAACUCUGGUCCGAUCGAACAAUGGAUCGAACAUAGUUUCAAAGGCCUCCCUUUGAUAUAUUGCAGGUGGUAUAAUCCUGUUGGCGCCAGGCUUGGAUAAGGCGUCCUGCUAUCCACGGUUCUACAUGUAAGUUGGUGGUGUGAUGGGACCUUACUCUCUCGGGUGGGAAUGUUGGUAGAUCGAGGAGAAAUAGCGGACCAAGACUGAAUUAAAGAUGGGUGUUCAAUCAACGGCCAUUUAUUAUUCUUACCGACAAAUGAAUAGAGGAUCCUCAAAAGAUACUAUUCCUAGGGCCCCGAAGGGUCGUCAUUCGAUGAUCUCCAUAACUUUCACUGAUACCUGGGGAGAAUUCCUUCUGCUUUGGAAAUAAUAUUCCAACAAAGAAAUUUCCGCUCUGGGAGCUACAUCAGCUUGAUCCCCCACUCGACACCUCCGGGUUCUUGAGAAAGGUCCGUUCCAUAAACCCCAGGCGGGAAGAUCAGGUGAUCUGCAAGCUCUCGAGCAAAACGGGGCGUCAACUUUGUUCUAUCAAACACGAUGCUCCUCGCUAUAUGGCUUGGGUUCUUACCGGGUAGUAUUCUGCUUCAAAUUCAGGCCCUCGCCUCAGGGAGUGAGGCUCAAAAAUGAAUGGCGAUGUCAAUUAAACCAACAUGCCGGAAGAAUUACUGCUGGUAAACGAGGCGAAAAUGGGCUUCGCCUUACCCAUGAUAUGUUUCGCUCACCACAUUAUUAGCCCUGACGCUGGACGUCUACUCUUAGUGGCUCUGCUCAUUAUAUCUAUCCAGCCUCGAUCGACCCGUUGAUUGACAUUUCCCUGAACAAUUCUUAGCCGUCGCUAUGAUGAUAUCUUUGACUUACCUUAACACUUUCAUCAGAAACUAAACAGACCGAAUUCUCUCAUCUCUAGCAAUCGAGGCCUUUUGGACUCUUAGUUACAUCUUUACUGUGGUACAGGUUAGAAUUCUUGUCAUAUCGAUAAGCGGCAAACCAUGUCAUCAGAAAUAGUCUCUAUCCUCCAGGUGGUAAAGUUGGGCUUCAAGCUUUCCAUCUCAUUCAAUACCGUCGCCUGCAAGGUAGCAGCUUUCGGCAUAGAUGUUCAUAGCAUCGCUAAGGGCCUCUCUCUAUACGUGGCGGCUUUGAAGCAGGUCGGGCAAACCCUCCAAGCGAAGGAUUCUCCGCAUUCACCAUUAGCUUUGCGCGUCGCAAAGGAAAUUAGUGAACGGGGCAACACAAUAUUUAAUUUCUUUGCGAAAAUGUUGGACAAAGCUCAGCGAAAUGACGGAGACUUGAUCCAGGAGCGAUUCGCGCGCUGCUUCAGGAAACGCCAUGUUACAUAUCUGCUGGCUCUUCUUGACGCUUUGAAGUUGAGCCUUAUUGUAAUGUUACAAGUCCUGCAACUUGGGAAGCUUAUCAGUAGCAAGGCACCAAGCUCGAUACCUAAUUACAUCGUUCAAGGAGAGCGUGACGAAGUCCAAAACAUGCUAAUCGUCCUACACUGGUCGAUAUCUCGUCUUGAUCGGUUACGUUACUCCGCUAUAUGUGAAGCUGAGGAAUACAGUCGAAAUGCGAGAUAUCAGGGCUUAUCUGAUUCCCAGCUCAACGGUUCUGGCCCACCUCCGCCAUCCACUAUACCAACAAUAUUGCCUGCAUUAUCGUUCAAAGAUCUCAAUAGCUCCCUCUCUCCAAUAUCACAGGAUGUCACGGGAACGGUUCAUGUAUCCUCCCAGGCAAUUGAUCAUUUAAUUGCCCAGUGGGCACAGGUGGGUGGAUUCCGGGGAUUAUCCGGAGAGGAAGCGCGCCCACAGCGGCAUGUGACAUUUGCAUCCGACGUGGAGUCUAAUAGCUUCCGCGACGGCCUAGAAGGAUGUGAACGUCAAAAGGACCACCCAGAAGGCGCUACCUCCAAUCGAAGGAGACAUUCUCAAGAAGCAAGGAAACCUGCAACUGAAUUUCGAAAGGAUAAUUCUAGCUUACAAGCUCAAGUUGAAACGGACAGUGAGGAAUCUAGUAAUAAUGAUACCCCAGCUACUCGAAAGGAUAAUUCUAGCUUACAAACUCAAGUUGAAACGGACAGUGAGGAGUCUAGCGAUAAUGAUAUCCCAGUUAGACGCCGAAAGGUCAGAUUUUCUCCUAGUGGCAAUACUUCGGCAACAGAGGAAGGAGGCCAUCACAGAGGAGACGGCGGACAUGUCAAUUACACAAACAAAGGCAAACCAAAGACCUCGCCAUCCCAGCGCCGUAUCCCAACUCCAGAAUUUAACAUGCAUAACCAACAAACCGCUGAUAGACAUCCCCGCCCACCGCGAAGAAGCCCGCGGACCUUGCCACGAGCCAUUCCUGAACGAGAACCGCAAAAAUAUGGGCAUAUCUCCAACUUAUCGCCCUGCAAUAGCUCUGAUUCCUUGGUGUCCGGCCUCUACCAUCCGCAAUAUCCUUCCACCAUGACUACGCUACCCGUUAAGGUGCGGUCCCCAGACAAAGACAACAGCACAGAGCGGCGAAAGAAUCUCAAGCGACAAGUUAUAACGGGCAUUCCGGUGGGAAGUGCCAUUCCAACGGCUGUGAAAGCGUUUUGA